AUCAGUUACUUUGCACAGUUUCAACAGAACGUUGUGUAGAAAUAUAAGAGUUAAUUGUUGAUACCCACUCAUGCAACCAAAUAAAUUAAUCGACGCUAUGAUUUCGAGCUCGCUAAAAAUUGUUGCCUUUCUAGCGGUCUUCAUAGUCGGCUUGCAGCAUAUUUCGGGGCAACAAGCCGUUUGUGGACCUGCCAUAGACGCAGCACUCAGUAUUAUGUGCGAAAGCGGCUUUAAUACAAAGUUCAAGAAAUCACUGGAAUGGGACAGCCUAGGCAACGCUGAGACUGAAGAACUGUCGCCCUUCGGUAUGAUGAACUUUCCUUUCUUAGGCAAAAAUCAUGGCGGCCACGUCGAUACAGUGGCCAAAACUCGCCGUCGUCGAGAAGGUGUAUACGAUGAAUGCUGCCGUAAGCCCUGCUCCUACAGCGAGUUGUUAUCCUACUGCAAAUAGGCUUAUACAUUUUAAAAUCUUCUGACUGACUUUCACGUUAAAUGAAUUUGUCAACGCUUAUCCUAUUUGUUAGUCGAUAAACAAUUUUUCUCUACGCAUAGCUGUAGACUAAACUAAGAGGCACUCUGAAAUGAUUAUGAUAUUUAAAGUACAUACUUACUUAUAAACGAAUAUUAUAAAAAAACUGUAUACAAAAUCCAAAAAGUCCAGGUAUUAAUUAUCUUAAAAUAAUUAAAUUGUAAUAGCACAUCCUAAAAUAUCUUUAAUAAUAAAUUAUUAACGCCUUCUACAAAAAUAAA